AUGUACAAGGUAGUGGAGCGCAUUAUCCUGGACCGACUCAUUAAACAUCGCGAGGAAACAACGCGCGACGAGCAAGCUGGCUUUCGUCCUGGCCGAUCUACGAUUGACCAGGUGUUCAUCGGCAAGAGAGUGAUCGAAAUCUGGCAGCGGUAUUCGAAGCCAAUGCAACUAGCGUUUCUGGACUUUGAAGCCGCGUUCGACUCUCCUCACCAAGGCCGUCUUCUAAACGCUCUCCGCGCAGAUGGAGUACCUGGAAAGUUCGUUCGCUUGCUUGAUGACAUGAAUCAACGAACAACUGUUGCAAUUCGAACACCAGAUGUCUUACCCCAGUUACCACUUCAAACGCACCCCUUGACUGACCUCGACUACGCCGACGAUGUUGUUAUAUUCGCGGAAAGCAGUACGAAACUUCAACAUGUUGUCAACCUUGUAUCGAAGUUGGCUGCAGCCUAUGGACUACGCCUACGCCCUGAUAAAUGCGAGCAGAUGUGGAUCUCUUCGAGACCACGAACGGGAAUCAGGGUGGACGGACAACCGAUAGAACUCGUCGAUGAGUUAUGUUACCUAGGCUGUACGCUGAAGAACAAUGGCAGCUGCGACAGAGAUGUUCAGCAAAGAUGCGCUAAGGCCACUUCUGCAUCUAACUCCUUAACGAAAUGCCUGUGGUCGACCCCCAUCACCAACGAAGUCAAGCUGCGAGUCUACCUAUCCGCACUUCGCCCCAUCAUGAUGCACGGAUCGGAGACUUGGACAGCACUAUCAACGGUUAUGAAGAGGCUUGACCGCACGGAACGAAAGCUGCUUGGACGGCUACUUGGCUACUUUUGGCCUAGGAUCGAGAAGGUUGGGGUGAGCUGUGUUCAAGGACGGCACACCUCAGCGAAGGUACGGGUAAUCGCGUCAGGCGAUGACAUCAGCCCGCCGAUUGAGUCAAGUAAGGACUCUCCAUCUUCGUUUGUAACCGAUUCUGGAAUCUCUGACGAGGAUUAUUCCUCGGAUAGUAACGACAUCCACGACGAAGAGACGAAAACGUCAACUGAGAAUUCUCGCGAAGAAGGUUCAGGAUGGGUAGAAGAGCGACGUACUAUUGAACCUCCAGCUGAGAAAAUAAUUGUAAACCUUGAGUACCUGAAGCUCGGUGUAGUUGCGUGGAUGGCUGCACCCAAAGCUGAACAGUGGAGCGCAACGGUUAUGGUCCUGGCGAAACCCUCGCUAGCAGCCACAGGCCGAGUGGAAACAGCAAUGGUACCAGUUCGAUCCCAACAAGUAGCUGAAUUGCGCUUACGCAACUCCACCGUGUCCCAGCCUGGGAGCAAUCUCAGAACAACUUGGACAAGAUCGGUUUUGACUAACAAUGUACCUAGGACAUCUCAUGCCAUCCCACCAACGCACGCAACCCAACGAUAG